ACCAAGGCGCCCAUGGGGUGGUCGUGGAACGACCUGACGACGUCGCUGCUGCGCUGCGAGGCGUCGCGGGGCGCCGAGUCCGCCUUCAUGCGCCUCAUGGAGUCCGUGCUGGACCAGACCAGCCACCUGCAGGACCCGCUGAUGCAGCACAUGCAGCGCGAGAAGUACUUCCUGGAUGACGCCGACUUCGUGGUGGUGGGCGGCGGCAGCGCGGGCUCGGUGCUGGCGGCGCGGCUGUCGGAGCGGCCGGACUGGAACGUGGUGCUGCUGGAGGCCGGCGGCUGCGAGCCGCCCUUCACGCAGGUGCCUUCCUUCUACAUCUCGGACGGCGACAGCCGCCGCGAGCUGGACUGGGACUUCAAGCUGGAGCCGCAGGCCGAGGCGUGUCUCGGCCACGAGGACGGCAUCUGCCACUGGCCCAGGGGCAAGGUGCUGGGCGGCACGUCCACCAUCAACGGCAUGAUGUACAUGCGCGGCCACCCCCGGGACUACGACCGCUGGGAGGCGGACGGGCUGGCCGGCUGGGGCUGGCGGCACGUGCUGCCCUACUUCAAGAAGUCCGAGGACAACAAGGAGCUGGGCCAGGGCCACGUCGAGGACGCGUUCCACUCGGCGGGCGGCUACCUGACGGUGCAGCGGUUCCCCGACCAGCCCCCGCUGGCGUGGGACAUCCUGUCGGCCGGCGCCGAGCUGGGCUACCGCUCCAACACGGACCUCAACGGCAGCAACCGCACGGGCUUCACCGUGGCGCAGGCCAACGUGCGCGACGGCCGGCGGCUGUCCCUGUCCAGGGCGUUCCUCCACCCCGCCAAGGACCGCCCCAACCUCAGGGUCAUCACCAACGCCAUGGUGGUGCGCGUGUCCAUGGACGGCGACCGCGCGCGCGGCGUCGUCUUCCACCGCAACGGCGCGCUGCACAAGCUGCGCGCCCGCAAGGAGGUGGUGCUGACCGCCGGGGCGGUGCAGACCCCGCACCUCCUGCUGCUGUCCGGGGUGGGGCCGCGGCGACAGCUCCAAGAAGCGGGAGUGAAGGUGGUGGCGGACUGCCCCGGCGUGGGGCAGAACCUGCAGAACCACAUCUCCUUCUCGGUGGACUUCGCCCUGGGCAACGACACGCCCGGCUCCAACCGCCUCGACAUGCCCACCUUCGAGCAGUUCCUGAGCAACGGCACGGGCGCCAUGGCGUCCACCGGCCUGUCUCAAGUGACGGCCUUCGUGCACAGCCGCUACUCGCAGGGCCGCGGCCUGGACCUGCCCGACCUGCAGCUGUUCUUCGAGGGCGCGCUGGCCAACUGCUCCAUCACGGGGCUGCCGGGCGAGCCCAGCCACAACGGCGGCCCCACCCCCUUCAGGAUGAUCCCCGUGGUGCUGCGGCCGCUGAGCCGCGGCGAGGUGCGCCUCCAGAGCAAGGACCCCACCGUGCCGCCCAAGCUCAUCGCCAACUACCUCAAAGACCAGGAGGACGUCGACCUGCUCAUCGACGGCAUUCGGUUCGUCCAGCGGCUGGCCAACACCUCGGUGAUGCAGGAGCUCGGGGUGCAGCUGGUGCUGCCGGCCACGCCCGGGGCAUGCGGCGACCUCGCCCCGGACUCCGACGACUUCUGGGAGUGCCUCAUCCGCCACCGCACCAACCCCGAGAACCACCAGUGCGGCUCGGCGCGCAUGGGGCCGGACGGAGACCCCGGCGCCGUCCUCACCCCCCGGCUGCAGGUGCGCGGCGUGCGCGGCCUGCGCGUGGCGGACGCGGCCGCCAUCCCGCACGUGGUGAGCGCCAACCUCAACGCGGCCGUCGUCAUGGUGGCGGAGCGCGCCGCCGACUUCAUCAAGGAGGACUACCCCUUGUUCGCGGACCGGCGGCGGCCACCUCCCCGGGGCAUGAACCGCGGCAUGGGCAUCAACAGAGGGUCCCUGCUGGGAAACCUGCUUGGCGUCGUGCGGGGCGCGGGUGGCGCGGGCGGGGGUGGGGACUCAUCCCAGUGAAAAAUGAGUUGGCGAAACGACGUCUAGUCUCGAGGCUGUGGCUUGGUCUGUGCCACCAGCGUAGCACUUUCCUCGAUAGUAUUUAAUUGCAUUUUUUUUAAGUCUCUGAUAGAGUUAAUUUAUUUUUAGUGUAAGAGGUGAGUUGUGGGAUGGAAGAAAACGCAUGGUCGAGUUUAUGAGAAAAUAAUUUAUUGAUAAGCUGAUGGAAGUUGCUUUGUUAGGGCUAGUGAAACUUUAGCACCUAACAACGAUGAUGAUAAUUUUUGACAAUCAAAGAGAUUUCAUGAUAUGUACAGCAAUUGCAAGAAAUAAAUGAAAGAAACCUUUAUCACAAAGCUGAA